AUGCCUGUCGCCAAAGACCUGUUUCCAGAGUAUGGUACUCUCGCGACCGGCGAAAAUGAACCCUCUCGAAAUAUCCGACGUGCUCAAAAACUCAGGGAGUUCCAGAACCUCGAACUUCCACCAUACCUAGCAAAGCAGGUGGCUGCCAAAAUGGCAGAGAAGGGUUUGGCAGUGGAAGCCACAGGAGGUGUGGCAGUCCAGCGAAUCGCAGGAGGAUCUCAGAGCGGCCAGAAGGCUCUGAUGGGAGCUUCUUCCUCGGCACUCACGAAACACACGCCCUCUGCAAGCCAACCAACUACACACGACAGUCUCACUAAUCUCGGAGCCAACCUUACACAGUCGAAACCGGCGUGGCACGCACCAUGGGAGAUCUACAGAGUCAUUACAGGCCAUCAGGGCUGGGUGAGAUCUGUUUGUGUUGAACCAGAGAACCAGUGGUUUGCUACAGGUUCUGCAGACAAGACUAUCAAGAUCUGGGAUCUGGCUACAGGAAAAUUGCGACUGACUCUCACAGGACACAUUAUGGGUGUUAGAGCAUUGGGAGUGUCGCCACGACAUCCUUACAUGUUUUCGGGAGGUGAAGACAAGAUGGUCAAGUGUUGGGAUCUGGAAACUAACAAGGUCGUUCGACACUACCAUGGCCAUCUCUCUGCAGUCUACUCGCUGGACAUUCAUCCUACUCUGGAUGUCCUAGUGUCUGCUGGUCGAGACGCUGUGGCCCGUGUGUGGGACAUUCGUACUCGUGACCCUGUGGUUGUUCUCAGUGGACACAAGUCGACUAUCAACAGAGUCAAGUUCCAGGCCUCUGAACCCCAGGUGAUUACAGCUUCGGCAGAUGAGACUGUGCGACUGUGGAACCUACAGGCCGGGAAGACCAUGACAACGCUCACGCAUCACAAGAAGAGUGUGCGAGGCCUCACUUUACAUCCCGAGGAGUUCACUUUCUCCACGGCCUCUGCUAACUCCAGUAAGCAAUGGAAGUGUCCCGAGGGCGAUCUAGUGCUCAACUACGACGACCAGAACGCUAUCAUCAAUACCCUGUCCGUUAACCAAGACAACGUCAUGUUUUCGGGAGGCGACAACGGCUCUAUUGGCUUUUAUGACUGGAAGACUGGACAUAUGUUCCAGAGCACCCAGUCUAUUCCCAUCCCAGGAUCUAUCGAGAGUGAAAACGGUAUUUUCGACUCCAGUUUCGACAAGACUGGUCUUCGCCUCAUCACCUGUGAGGCUGACAAGAGCAUCAAAAUGUGGCGCGAGAAGCCCAAUGCCACAGCAGAAAGUGAUCCCGGUCUCGAAUGGAAACCCAAGAUAUACCAGACCUAUUAG